UAGAGCUCACCUGUGCCAGCUAUAUCAGACACUCCAGUCUCGAGACGGCUCAAAGCUCGCUUGCGAGACUGGCUCGUAGCAUCUUCGGACGUCCGCCACAGCCACCCGAUUGGACGGCCGUCUCUGCUGCAUGCGAGCACGGUUUAGGCAACGCCGGCGCGACCUACUACGUACCAUACCAGCUCGGAUCCGCGGGCAUCCGGGCAGAUCAGUGCUGACUGGCCAGGACGCAUACAGAUGGGGCGAUCAUCGCCGAUUUAGGCAACUCGGUGAAAGCGUCACAGAUGCACUGCAUGCACAUUGGACAGACUCUGGGGUCCAUUGGUGGGGUAUCAUUCCAAGGAUACCCAGCAGCCUCUGCCUGGAACCUUCCGCGCGGCCCGCUGUAGGCCAGGUAUCACGCCGACCUGCACAGCCGCUUCACUUCGCUAGGAGUCGCCUGCGUGCAGUUGGGGCCACAUGUGAGCCGGGGAACGACAUCGAUGACGCCAGUAGCGAAUGCCGCUCAGGACUAGCCAGCGCGAGGCUGUCCCGCAUAGUCAGCGCCUGGCUUCUGUUUUCCCGUCUUCACGACCAGGCCCACCUCCAUGCCGCCGGACGCCACGGUCCCCGGCGCGACGGGAGGCAGUAGACAGGCUAGGAUGUGCACAGACUGGGACGCUACACCUCUUCUUUCACGGAUAGGUAUCCUUGUGGUGGACUUGAAGGCGUGUUCGGCGAACGUCGCUCGGAAGGGGCAGGUGGCUGAGGCGAUGAGAGC